AACACAAAAAUGGGUCCCAAAACAUGUAAGCAAUUCAGGAAAAAAAAAAUUAUGCACAUGAUAUGAGAUGAUGACAUCUUCUGGGAAAUUCUCAUCUCCUCACAAUCCUGAUUCUUUGCUUCACGGAAUGAUCAAAUGAGUGCGUGAACCAAAUUGAGUCUUAAAUCUCUGCAAUCAAAUGAGUCUUCAAGUGCUCAUGAUCAUAUCAAUGUGGAAAAGCAGACCAUGUUGAUAUUGGGCGGAGUCAAACGCAGGGUUGUUCUUUAUCUUUUCUGAUUUAAAUCAAAUUGAGUAUGGAGUCAGAGUCUCCUCCUAGGCCGAUCUGUUGCUUUUGGUACUCCUCAAGAAGUAACAAUGGAAAGAAGAAGAGCCAGGGAGGAAGAGAUGUGGAAAACAAUGGGGAUUGGGGAAAGACUGAUGAGAUUCUAUCUGAUAUGAGCACGUUUUCGGUGAAAGAACAAGAUCGAAGGCUAAAGAAGGCGAUGAAGGAAGAGGACAGAGUCAGCAGACAGGCAGAGAGGGUGGUGGAAUGGGUGAAACAAGAAUCAGCCAGGAUGGAUGUUUCUGUAGUUAAUUCUGUUUUAAGAGAGGAUAAUGAACUCAUCAAAAAUAAUGGGUCGUGAUUUUACAUUUUCUUUCAAAGUGUUUUCUUGAUUUAUGUAGCAACAUCAUGAUGUUCAAAUCCUCUAUUUUUAUUAUAAUCAAAUUUCUCCAAUUGUAAUUGCAAUUGAGUUGUAUUCCUA